AUGAGAUUAAAGCAGGCUGAAAUUCGAUGCUACGAUAGUGAAGCGGACAGAGCUAGAGUGGAAGAGUUUGAACGAAGAUGCGAGGUAGGACCAACGGAGCGAGUAAAUCUCUUCACAGACACUAUGGGUGACCCCAUAUGUAGGAUCAGAAACAGUCCGAUGCAUAAGAUGCUGGUGGCCGAGUUGGACAACCAGUUGGUUGGAGUCAUUCAAGGCUCGAUAAAGUGGGUGACGGUUCAUGAUAAGGCGCUGCCUAGACAGCAUGAGGCCAAUCUGGCCAGAGUGGGCUACAUCCUCGGCCUGAGGGUGGCACCACUCCAUCGUCAACAAGGGAUUGCUUCCAGAAUGGUGUGUUGUUUAGAAGAUUGGUUCAUAGCCAACGACGUAGAUUACUCAUACAUGGCUACCGAGAAGGACAAUGAAGCUUCAGCCAGGCUUUUCAUGGAGAAGUUUGGCUACCUCAAGUUCAGGACCCCUGCAAUUCUGGUGAAUCCGGUUCGUUAUCGUCCCUGCCAUGUCUCUUCCAACGUUGAAAUCACGAAGCUCAAGGUAGAAGAAGCUGAGUUUCUUUACAGAAAGUGUAUGGCUUCGACUGAUUUCUUUCCUCAUGACAUAGACAAGGUGCUGGGUAACAAACUGAGCUUGGGGACUUGGGUUGCUUAUCCGAGGGGAGAGUUUUGCAAUAUCAGGUCAAAUGGGCAAGCUCUACCAAAUAGUUGGGCGAUGAUUAGUGUAUGGAACAGCGGUGAGGUUUUCAAAUUGAGGCUAGGGAAGGCACCACUGUCUUGUCUGUUAUAUGCAAAAAGCUGGAGACUGAUGGAUAGGUUUUUGCCUUGCUUUAAAUUACUGCCUUCUAUGCCUGAUUUUUUCAACCCCUUUGGGUUUUACUUCAUGUAUGGGGUGUACCAUGAAGGGCCAUUGUCAGGGAAACUGGUGAGGAAUUUGUGCCACUUUGUGCACAACAUGGCUAGUACUACAAUUAAGAACUGCCGCUGCAAGGUUGUAGUCACCGAAGUGGGGGGUUGUGACUCGAUACUAAGACAUAACAUACCACAUUGGAAGUUGCUCUCUUGCUCAGAGGAUUUGUGGUGCAUAAAAGCCAUGAAGAAGAAUGAAGCAGACAUAACCAGCCUUCAUGAAUUGACUAAAACCCCACAUAUAAAUAAAGCUCUUUUUGUAGAUCCAAGAGAGGUGUGA